UUCUGUCCUUCCUCCUACACCUCCUUCUGUCCUUCCUCCUCCUCCCCAGUUGCCAAACCUCUAACCUUCAAACCAUUUUCCUCCUCCUCCUCACUCUCAGCGUUUCCUCUUCUCUCUCCACUUUCAUCCAAACAUCACACGCUAUCUGUUUUUGUGUUUUGACCUGAAAACGUUUGCAGCUCUUUUCAGAGCCGUGAACUUUGUGAAAUUCACCACAGUUUUGCUGUUCACGUUCGACGACAGUUACAUUUGUGUUUUACGACGCCUCCACCUGCUGAGGAAACCUUGGUGCUCUGUGACCCCAGUCUCAAAUAAAGUCCUUUAUUCCCUCUGCAGCAUCAGCCAUCACACCUGGUUUUAUCUGUCGUCGCUGUCCUGUGAGUGUGAAAGUGUUUGAAAGUGUUGAAGACAUAUUUCUCUCACUGAUGACUGUAAAGUCUGUCUGUCCAGUUAAUCGUGCUGUGAGUUUAUGUACAAAGUCCACACAAAGACACAAGUUGAUGCAAAUUUCUCUUUGGCUGAAAAAUCCACCUGAGCUGGUAAAAUAAACAGAAAUGAUCCAGAAAAUAUACAAUAAAACAUUGUUCUUUUAACUUCCCUCGAGUCAGUGAUCGGCUAAAAAAAAAAACCUCGAACAUGAAGAGCACAAAGAACAUGAAGAACAUCAAGACCAUAAAGAGCACUAAGAACAUGAAGAACAUGAAGAGCACUAAGAACAUAAAGAGCAUGAAGAACAUAAAGACCAUAAAGAGCACUAAGAACAUAAUGAACAUGAAGAGCACAAAGAACAUAAAGAGCACAAAGAACAUAAAGAGCAUAAUGAACAUGAAGAACAUCAAGACCAUAAAGAGCACUAAGAACAUAAAGAGCACGAGGAACAUGAGGAGCACAAAGAACAUGAAGAGCAUGAAGACCGUAAAGAGCAUGAAGAACAUAAAGAACAUGAAGAGCACAAAGACCAUAAAGAACAUGAAGACCAUAAAGAACAUGAAGCAGUAGCUGCUUCGUCUACUAACAAUAAAACUACAUGACCUCAUUCAUCUGUGAUCACAUGAUUGGAACUGAAGAGACAACUUUUUUUUCACGUCUAUAUUUGUUUACCACAGUGUUGAGAACUCCGGUGCUGAGCGAGUCGUCUUUCAGAUUAUCAUUAUUGAUCAGAUUAUUAUUGAUCAGAUGAAUAAGAUUAUUAUUGAUUUAUUGUAUUGCGUGUUUGUUUGUUUAUUUAUUUAUUAU